AUGGCUACUAUUCACGUAGGCACCCUUGCCUACGCUUAUCAAGUCGUCGACAGCGCAGGUCCGACGGAUCUCCUUUGUUCUGCAAACAAAUCCGCCUUGCAAGCAGUUGCGAAAUAUGGGCCAAUCGAUGAAGAAAUCAUUUCUCGAGCACCGCAGUUUAUAUUUCAUCAAAUAGGCGUUAACAGAGACCCAGUACUCCUUGGGUCAAGCAACGUAAUGAUUGUGCCUACAACCACCGUUGAUGAAUGUCCAGAAGUUGACAUUCUUCUUGUUCCUGGUCCCUACCUAGGCAACUUUGAACUAAACCCAAAGCACGCUGAAUUGAUCCGCAGACACGUGGCAUCUGGAAAGCUGCUUUGGUCAACGUGCACGGGAGCCAGCGUCGUGGCGUCUACAGGAGUUUUGGAUGGGAAAAGGGCAACGGUUAACAACGUCGAGUACAAUUGGGUACGAAAGCGUUGGCCAAAGGUCAACUGGACUAGGGAGAAGAAGUGGAUUAUUGACGGAAACAUCUGGACCGGUUCGGGAGCAUGUGCUGCAACGGAUAUGGUUGCUUUUUGGCUCAAGGAGACCUAUGGGCUGGAUGUGCUUAUUCAAGCUAGUAAUAGCCUUGAUUACGAGCCUAGGGAUGCUGAUGGCUUAUAUACCAUCUUCCCUGAGAGAUUCGAUUCAAAAGGGAACAAAAUUUCUACACAUGUAUUCCGGUAUCACGAUGAGGAAUAA